GCGGUGUUGAGCUGAGGCGGGACCACGGUGAUGCAGGAUGCCAGUCACGUGAUCUCUAAUUCUGACAUGUUCUCCUGGCUUCAAGUCACAUAUCCCCAUCCAAACUCUUGGAGGCAAACAGUGAGCUGAAGAAAGAGAGAACCUUAAAGUAUUUUCUAGACCCCAUUCUGUCUGAUCUUUGAGUGCAAAGGCAAUAUGGAAAUGGAAGUUCCUUUUCUUGAAGCCCCAAAAGACACUUCCGACACUAAUAGCAAAAAUGGCUUCAUAAGCAGACAUGACUCCCUGGACAGCGAUGCAGCCAAGGAAAUUCACUACCUAGAUGAGGUGCUGGAUGGAAAUGCAUAUGUUCCAGUGGAUAAAAUGAAUUCAAAUGGAACAUCUUCCUCUGACUUGAAGGCAAAUAAUACCAUCUCUGGACCAUCUCUUGUUGCUGAUAUGCCACCAGCAUACAUCAGUAAAAACAUGGUAGAGGGCACACAAAUUGCUUCUACUGACAGCCAAGAUUGCUAUUUCAGAAAUCCCUCUGAUCUUUUAGAGAUGGUAAGUCAGGAUUCCAAGGAACCCAUGCUGACAAAAAUUAAGAAAGCAGCCCGCUUUGAGCUCAGGGCAUUCCAGGAAGAGAAGAAGCCCUCAAAGCUGUUCGACAGCAGCUCGGAGAAGGAGCUCAUCCGUGUGCGGAAGGUCCGGGACCCUGAGGAAAUGGAGGAGCUGGAGAGGGAGCGGCAGGAGCUGAUACACAGCCAGGCUGUGAAGAAAAACCCCGGGAUAGCUGCAAAAUGGUGGAACCCACGUCAGAUAAAGUCAGUAGAGGAAGAGCUGGAUCCAGACCAGCUUGAGUCACACAGGAAGUAUGAGGAGAGAAAACAGAGGAAGCCCAAAGUUGUGGAUCAGGCAUCAGUCAAGCAGUCAUUUGUACUAGUGGAAAGUGUCAAGGAAGACGUUUUGAUAGAGGAGGCUGGCCUCUCUGCCUGCCAGAAGGAGCUCCAGCUUGUGGAGCCAACUAAGCAUGAUGAUUUGAUGCCAACAAACUACUCCUUUCACCUUGAGGAGAUUGAUUCUGGACUUGAUGACCUCUCUCUCCAGUCUCAGGACACAGCUGCACAGGAGUGCCUGUCCAAUGACUUCAGUAUGGACACUGUCAGUGACAGCAGUGUCUCCAAUGAGGCUGCGAAUGCCCUCCUGGGGAACUCUCUGGGCGAUUACUCCCUCCCCGCUUCCCCACAGGCUCCAACCACGCCUGUUGAUGAAAAUCUGGAUGUGGGCACCAGGGAACAGAGUGAGCCUAGCAUGUCCCCAUCCUCCCCAGGGACCACCUUGGAAGAGGUGCAGGUGGAGUGCCAGGCUGAAGUCCAGAAUACCAUCCAGCAAAGUGAUGAUCGGCAAUCACUACAGGCCCCAAAGGCAUCCUUCUCUGUGCCUGAGAGACAUGAGGAGGAGGAACACUGUGAGGGACCUGUGGAGGAGGCCUGUCAGGGGAUAAACAUAGAAGGUGCCAUCAAGCAGCCACUUCCCCUAUCUGAAGAAAAAUCCGAAUUUGAUCCUCUGAGGGUAUCGUCCCCAGGUCAUGAGAAGCUGGACAUAGUUCCGGAGGUCCCCACAAGGACCUCCUUUGUCCACAAUGACACCUUCCAGCCCCUGACAAUCGGAGGCAGCCAGGCCCCUCGACUGGGGGAGAGGCAGGAGUUCAGCUACUUCAGCAAGUACUCCGAGGCUGCAGAGCUCAGAAGCACAGCCACCCUGACACGGCCGCAAGAUGCUGAAGUCAGCUCAGGACCUUUCAGACUGCGCUCCCAUAAGCGGCAGACACUGUCACUCAUUGAGGAGGAGAUCCGGGCAACCCAGCAGCGUGAGGAGGAGCUGAAGAGGCAGCGACAGGCUCAAAAUCCACAUCCAGCCCCCAGCCACAAGGAGAGGACCACCAGCUUGCCCACAAGACUGGUUGUCACAGGGAAGACAGCACCAGGUAAGAUUGAGAAGAUCCAAUGUGUCUCGCUCACCACAUCCUCUUCGGAGGGCCCCUCGCCGUCCUCUUUGCCAGACCUGGGCAGUGACAGCUCUGAGAAUGGUCAGCGUCCCAAAAAUUUCAUGCAGACUCUGAUGGAGGACUACGAGACACACAAAGUGAAGCGACGAGAUAUGAUGGAGGAUGCUAGGGUUCUGGAGGCCACCCGUGUCACACGCCGGCAGAGCGACAUGGCGAUACGGUGGGAAGCUGGGAUUUACACCAACCAAGAGGAAGGGAGUGGUUAUGAAGAGGAUGCCCCUCCUCACUGUCUCUCCCGGGAAAAGUAAUGAGAUGGGGCUGCAGAACACCUAAAGGACAGCUUUCACCACCACGUAUUUGUGUUACACAAGGGAUUGACUCUCCUCGCCAAACCAAAGCACAUGAUGUGGACCUGUUUCAAACAUAGCAGGUUUGAGGCUUUAAACUCAUGAGACAUACACAGAAAGACUGUUAUGGGGGGAUUGUUUUUCCACUUCACUUUUUGAGUGUUUUUAGUGUGCAAGCAUAUGGAGGAAUAUGCAACACUAUGAAGAAAAAAAAAUGCUUGUUUGCAGAGUUGUGUCAGAUGAAGGUCUGCAGUAAGAAAGAGAACCUUUAUGUAGAAAAAGGGCAAAUAUCCAGCAGAAACAACCAUAGAAUCUUGUGAAGAAGUCAUUUACAGUCAAAUAUGA